AUCUCAUUUCACACCUUAAUUAUUUAUGCCCACAUACACUAAUAAGUCAUACGUCGACCGGCCAUGAAAGCUUUAGAACGCCUACUAGUGUGUUUCUCCCCCGCCUCCACCGACAUAUGUCCCAGCACCGCCCAUUCGGGUACCGAUCGCCGCCGCCGUGUGCACCGCCUUGGCCACCCGCUACCCAAGAGCAGACAUAGCACCUCCAAAUCUUCGCCGCUAGCUAAUCGGCCCUUCGAGUCACGCCGGAAAAGCUCCUCCGACGUCCCCGACAACCGCCGGUCUACCGCUACUACGACUACUCCAGCCUCUGGGUCUCCCUUCAUUGACUUGUUGGCCGAGCAUUCUAGUAAUGCUCGAACAGCCUUGCUCAAGCGGCACAACUCAGCUGAUCACUCCGCCGCUUAUUCCGGUUCCUGGCCGUCGAGAACCCGGCCGGAUGAAUCUCCGGGAGAAAAACCUUUAUCUUUAGCUAAUUAUCUUGAUGGGCAUUCCACUCAUAAUUAUUAUACUUCGUCAACGACCACCCCCUACCGUAAUCAUCAGGUUGUCGAAUUGAGGGUGUCACUUCAUUGUAAGGGUUGUGAAAGGAAAGUAAGGAAGCAUCUCUCCACAAUGGAAGGAGUGACAUCAUUCAGUAUCGAUUCGGUCUCAAAGAAAGUGAUAGUGAUCGGAGACGUGAGUCCCUUGGGAGUACUGGCAAGCAUUUCUAAGGUUAAGAGUGCAGAAUUGUGGCGGUAGUUAUGAUAUAUAGACGACAUCUUCAUCUUUGCAUCAUCUGUUUUCUUUUUCUUUUUUUCUUUUACUGUUUUUUUGCAUCUGUUAGCUAGGAUUAGCUUAACUAAAUCAUUAGAUGUUUCCAUAAAAUAUUUGUGUUUCUCAAACCGAUUGUAUACUUGGUGUCAAAACAAGACCUAUUGUAUACUUCUUUGAGUUCUUUACUACUUACAAUAGUGUUAUGUUUAUACUAUUCACAUAUUCCGUUUUAAAUAUGAA